UCGCGUGGCCGAGCCUCUGGGCGUCGGACACCGCGAGGCACCGCGCCGUGAGGAACUGAGCACGCUUUCCGCCGGCUCGCAGCUCCCCUCGCAGGACUCUCUCCGCGGAGCCCCGCGGCCACCCGCCUGCGCGCCCGCGGGAGCGCGGGAGCGCGGAGCCCCGCUGUACGGCGGAGCCUCGGUCAAGAUGGCCGCGCCCGGCCGCGAUACCCAGGGGCGCCGCCAUGGCAGCCGCCGGACUCGCUGAGGCCGCGCUUCGAGCCGCCGCCAUGUCGGCCUCCGCCUGCGAGCCGAUCCUCACAAAGCGGGAGAGCGUGGGCCGGAGGAGGAGUGCGCGGACGGCCGAAGGGGCCGGGCGUCCAGCGGAGAUGGCUGUGUCCGAGCCGGGGGGCAGCGCGGCGGGAUUGGUAACAUUCAAAGAUGUGACUAUGGCCUUUACCCACAAGGAAUGGGAGCAGCUAGAUCCUGCUCAGAGGAACCUGUAUAAGGAUGUGAUGCUGGAGAACUACAGCAACCUUGCCUCAAUGGGGUAUCAAGCUCCCAAACCAGACAUGAUCUCCAAGUUGGAAAAAGGAGAAGAGCCAUGGUUGGGGAAGGGCAAAAGACCCAGACAAGGUGGUCCCAGUGAAAUAGCAAGACCCAAGCAAAUAGGAACCAAUGGAAACGAGGUCCAGCAAGGUAAUGACCAGCCAGCGAACCACCAGGAAUCUCAAAACAAACUCCUUAAGGAAGUUGCAUUCAAGAAAAGAAGUCUGACUAAGAAGAAAAGCCAUGAAUGUAGUUCACUGGGGGAAAAGAGUGUGAGUACAAAACAUGUUCCUUCAAAGAAAAAGCUUAAAUUCGAUUCACAUGGAAAGAGUUUGAAACAGAGUUCAGACUUACCUGGUCGUAUAAGAAACUAUGCAAAAAAGAAACCUAGUGUAGCUAAAGAGCACAAGAAAUCAUUAAGCCAUAGCUUACCUGAUACAAAGAAAGACAAAAAUCAAACUGGAAAGAAACAAAAAUUCUCCAACCCUAGCUUAUCUAAUAAGCAUGACAAAACUCAAACUGGCAAGAAACAUAAGAAAUUAGCUCAUCAUAGCUCAUCCGAUACUAAAUGGGACAAAAUUCAAACUGGAGAGAAACAUGAGAAAUCAUCCAGCCAUAGCCCAUCUCCUACUAAGUGUGACAGAACUCAAACUAAAGCAAAACCCUAUGAAUGUAAUCAAUGUGGGAAGGUUCUCAGCCAUAAACAAGGACUCAUUGACCAUCAGAGAAUUCAUACUGGAGAGAAACCGUAUGAAUGUAAUGAAUGUGGGAUAGCCUUUAGCCAAAAGUCACACCUCGUUGUACAUCAAAGAACUCACACUGGAGAAAAACCAUAUGAAUGUAUUCAGUGUGGCAAAGCCCACAGUCAUAAACAUGCCCUUACCGACCAUCUGAGAGUUCAUACUGGGGAAAAGCCCUAUAAAUGUACUGAAUGUGGGAAAACCUUUAGACACAGCUCAAAUCUUGUUCAACAUGUGAGAUCUCAUACAGGUGAGAAGCCCUAUGAAUGUAAGGAAUGUGGAAAAUCCUUUAGGUAUAACUCAUCUCUUACUGAACAUGUGAGAACUCAUACAGGUGAAAUACCAUAUGAAUGUAAUGAAUGUGGAAAGGCCUUUAAAUAUAGCUCAUCCCUUACUAAACAUAUGAGAAUUCAUACAGGUGAGAAACCCUUUGAAUGUAAUGAAUGUGGGAAAGCUUUCAGCAAGAAGUCACACCUCCUUAUACAUCAAAGAACUCAUACUAAGGAGAAGCCCUAUAAAUGUAAUGAAUGUGGAAAAGCAUUUGGACAUAGCUCUUCUCUUACUUACCACAUGAGAACUCAUACAGGUGAAAGUCCUUUUGAAUGUAAUCAGUGUGGGAAGGCCUUCAAACAAAUUGAGGGCCUUACUCAACAUCAGAGAGUUCAUACUGGGGAGAAACCCUAUGAAUGUAAUGAAUGUGGGAAAGCUUUUAGCCAAAAGUCACACCUCAUUGUACAUCAGAGAACUCAUACUGGGGAGAGACCUUUUGAAUGUAAUGAAUGUGGAAAGGCUUUCAAUGUGAAGUCACAACUUGUUAUACAUCAGAGAUCCCACACUGGAGAGAAACCCUAUGAAUGUAAUGAAUGUGGAAAAGCUUUCAAACAAAAUGCAUCUCUUACCAAACAUGUGAAAACUCAUUCAGAAGAAAAAUCUCAUGAGUGAAAUUAAUGUGGGAAACCUUUUAAUUCAACUAAGGUUUUGUUUAACCUUAGUAGGACUCUGAAUUUUAAGGAUGUUAGAAAGCUUUUAAUAAGAAGUCAGUCAUACCUAAUUACACAUGAGAGAGUUUGAAAGUGAAUCUUAGGGGCGCCUGGGUGGCUCAGUUGGUUAAGCAACUGCCUUCGGCUCAGGUCAUGAUCCUGGAGUCCCGGGAUCGAGUCCCGCAUCGGACUCCCUGCUCAGCGGGGAGUCUGCUUCUCCCUCUGAUCCUACCCCUCUCAUGCUCUCUGUCUCCCAUUCUCUCUCUCAGAUAAAUAAAUAAAAAAAAAAUUAAAAAAAAGAAAGUGAAUCUUACAUAGAAGCGAUGGACGAUACCAACCUUUUAUAGAAUAUAUUGUUUUAAAAGUAAUUAUUAAUUAUUUAUAUAUUCAGACCAAAAUAUAGCUUUAAAAAUCGUUAAUGAGCUGAAUAAUCAGAGCAAAAGAGAAACAAAUUACAUAUGCUGACAAUUCCUGAGUUGCUUGAGUAUGUGCCCUUAAGCUCCACAUCUGAGAAUUGAAUUUGCACAUCUGUUAAUUUCCAUGUAUAAGUGUGUCUGGCCACUGGUAUGAGCUUCAUCUUUGAUGUUAUCACCUAGCUCUUUCUUAAUGUCUUUGUUAGCUUCUACAUCAGCUGCAUACUUUCUAAAAGUUAUUUAUGUAAAAAACAUUAACACAAAAUUAAGAAAAAAAAGAAAGCAGCCAAGGAUAGGGACAUCAUUCCCUACCAGCACCUGUGUAUUGUUAAGUGAUUAAAAUUGUUAAGUGAAAAAAGCAGGUUGCUGAACUGUGUGUAUAGUAUGUUCCCACUUAAUGUACAAAAGGGUGUGUUUGCCUGUCUUGUCUCUGUGUGUGUGUGUGUGUGUGUGUGUAAGUAAAUAUAUAUACAUAUAUUUGUAUGUGAAUAGACUUGGUUUGAAAAAAUACAGAAGAAACUUUAUGGUGGUUGUCAUGAGCAGAGGAGUACAGGAAUGGGGGCUAGGAUGGGAAGGAGACCUCCUUUUUAUUAUAUACUGUUUGAAAUUUUAAAUAAUGUACAUGUGUUAUUUUCACAAUUAAAAUCUUUUUAAUAUGCAUACAUCAACACUGAUUAAAAUUUUGACUGAGCUCACUCCAUGGUGUUGUUCGAUGAAGUGAAAGUCUAUGCCUAUUAUCAAUUCAGGGUGAUGAAUCUGAGGAUAUGGUAUUAAACUUAAUAUUGAAUUCACAAAGACUUUUCCUAUCAAACACACAUCUUUUUAUUAAAAUAAUGAAUUACAACUAUAA